AUGGUUUUGUUGCAUCAUCUCCAUCCUCGAGUCUCGAUCGCCGUAUGGCCAGCUUACAAUCCUCGCCGGAAAAGCCUCCAGGAUGUGCUUUUGAGCAUGAGAUUUGGAUUAACGCGAGAUCUCUCUCUAAAGCGGUCCUUGGGCAAGUACUAUUCCGUAUCUCGACAACAACAGCUCACGUCGCCGAUCUCCAUGGCCACCAAGAGCGAGAAUCUCGUGGAAACUUCGACGGAGGAGAAAGGUAAGGUAGAUGAGGAUAAGGAGGAAGAGAUCUCACUCCCUCCGCCGCCGGAGAAACCAGAGGCUGGAGAUUGUUGCGGUAGCGGCUGCGUACGGUGCGUUUGGGAUGUGUAUUAUGAGGAGCUCGAAGAAUACAACAAGCUUUCUAAACCCAGUUAG